AUGCCUCGCGGGCGUCGUCUGCGCAAUGACGCGCAAGCUGCGGAGGAGCCAGCGCCCGCUGCUCACCACCAUCACGACGACGACGGCGAGUCUAAAGUCCAAGAGGACACUGUGAAAAACGUUACCGCCAUACCAGAAGAGCUAACCUUUGAGCAACAGGAGGCCUCAGACCCGAUUUCUAAGGAACCAGCUUCACCGGAAACCCAGCGCGCUUCCGCUGUCGGGGUGGAGGACCCGGUUGGGCCCAUGUCCGUCGGUGCCCACGAAACCAGCCCGGUGGCGUCCAGCUCUCGAGACGAACGCCCAGCUUGCACCGAGCAUACGACUGACCCGAAGCCGACUGCGGAAUGUGGGAAGAGCGAGGGGGAUGCGAUGGCGGCUACAUCCGCAGUGCUGUCGUCAGAGGAGUCACCAGCCAGGCCAGUGUGCCUCGGGUUACCGGAGCAGGAGCAAACUGCCCUAGAUCUACCGAGCGCUACGAGCCCGCAUGGGCACUGCAGCGCUGAGGCGCAAGAUGCUGAGGCAACCCCAUUACAGUCCGCCGUCGCCGCUGUCGAGUCCGUCUCCAAAAAUGGCUUUUCAUCAGCGGAAGCUGCACAGGAGCUCCGGAAUCGCGUCGACACCACGCCUUCGAUGCACUCUUCGUUGGAUGAACAGGUUCGGGGGUCACCAGUUCCACCAUCGGCCGUCGUCGACGAUGAUACCGAUGAGGUGACCCUGAACGACGAUGACACCAUCGAGAGGGCCAGCAUCGAGCACGACGACCUGCUCGAUGACGAUAGUCUUCCGCCUGUCGUUCGCCGUAAGCGCCAGAAAACCGACGCAGUGGAGACAAAGUCAGGCAGCGUGGCAGAGGCAACAGUCACUCUCGAGGACGGGACAGGUCUAACAGAAGCCGUUUCUGGAGCGGCAGAGUCGUCCCCGGUAUCAUUUGGAGCAAGCAUUCCACGCCGAUCCAAAGGAAGCGCCUUCCACGAGAAUGUCGCAUCCGAUCAAACGGAGCUGGCCGCACCAGCCCCUAACCAGUCCACAUCCGAAGAGGAGUCCGCAGAACCCUCCACAGGAGGCGCUCAAGAGGAGGCCUCGACAGCACACGACCUGCAGCCGACGCCAGCCGUGCCCGAGAAAUCUGAAGCGGAAUGGAACAAACUGGAGGAUGAUGAUUCCAGUAAGCUGCGACCAGCCUUGAGUUUGAAAGAGGCGGCUGAAUACAUACAGACGCUGCCGAGGCGGCAUCCAGAAGGCACCAACGACGCACGCCUGUUUAUUGGAAACUUGGCGUCAGAGACUACAAGUCCGGUUGAAUUGAUAAGCAUUUUCUCCAAGUACGGCCGCAUCAUCGAGCAGCCACUCCUGCUCCGCUCCUAUGCCUUCAUCCAGUAUGAUAAUCCGGAAUCGACGCAACUCGCGAUUCGUUACGAGCAAGGGCGCCUGAUCGGUGGCCGCCACCUGGAUCUAAGCGUUGCGUCCGGACGUCGCAACGACAGCGGCAGCGGCAACCAUGGCACCCGCCGUGCCACCGGAAGGGAGGCAGCUGCACACCAUAGCACCGGUCCCGUUGUCGAGGGCAAACGAGGCCCCCUGCAGCAGAGCAGCGGGUGGCGAAAGCGUGACGCAGCUGCGCUGGAAACGGGUGGCCCGCGGCCGCCACCUAGACCUGGUGCACCCUAUGUACGCAUUCUGGUUAUUGGAACGACGUCGAGAUCCAUGGCCCACGCCAUGCAGAACGUGAUCCGCAGCCUUGGAAUUUCAGCUGAUGUGGCGUAUAUUUUCUCGGAUUCCCUGGGCACUGCGCUCAAAGAGGCCUACGCACAAUGCGUACGUUACGUGAUCGUGGUUAGCAGCAAGGAUGCCUCCAAGGGAACGUGUUCCAUACGAACUUAUGAAAAAACAGGAUUCGAGUACGCUGGGGGAGGCUCCAUCAUACCCUUUCAUGAGGCGCUUGCCAUUAUCUUCCGCGAGGAACGUAUUAACUUGCCUCUGCCGCCCGCUGCGUACACCGUGGCCUCAGCUGCGAUGGCGCUUUCGCCACCGACCGUCGCGGAUCCCAGCAACAUCUCAUCGAUGAUGUCCGGGGUGGUCCCUGGAAUGACGCCUCCAGCGCCCUCACUCCCGACCGCUGCAGCAGCGUACCGGUACCAGAAUCCAAUGGUGGCGGCCCCGGGCACCAUGCCUUAUCCCUACGCCUCGAUGCCGCCAGGCUAUCUGUACGGCCACCCGGGAGCGCCGCAGCCGCAGCCGCAGCCGCAGCCCUCGGCACCUCCGCAAGCGACCUCGAACGGCCCCGGGAGCACCAUCGGUCAGCGUGCCUACCCCGGAUACAUGGCUUCGUUGCCACCGACGGGCAUGAAUGCCCCUGUGAUGCAUGCACAGCAUCCUGGCUUCUCCGGAAAUGCACCCUAUGCGGCGAACCAGCCAUCGACGGCACCGCCUGGAGCCGAUAUGGACCAAGUCAAGCAGUUAUUGGCAACGCUGCAGCAGUUUCAGCAGAGAAACGCAGCUGCGCGAAGCAACGGCGGGCACGGGACCCAGUGA